AUGGAACAUUCACAUGGGCAUGAGUGGGUGGAAGAAAUCGUCAAAAAGGAUGUGGUCUUACCUCGCCUGUGGCGGCAGCCAUCACUUGAUGUGGCUUACAAUCAGAGUUGUCUCCCAGGCCCCUACUUCCGCUCUCAGCCUCAUUUCGUCAGCCGCUUCGAUAACCUGGAGGAAGAAAGCUCAAGGAGUGAGAAACACAGAAGACGGUCGUCUAAAUGUCGUCUUUGUGCCGCCACCAUCAUCAUCCUUGGUGUCAUUGCUGCUGUUAUCACCGCGUUGGUUACGACACUCGUGUUGAGUCAAACCAGAGCAGCUACUGGAGGUGUAACACCAGCUGACACCACUACCAGCUCCUCACCUCCGCAGGGCACCACUGACGGUGCAUCUGCAGCUGCGACGCCCACCAUCUCCUCGACUUCUUCGGGCACCAGCGACGGUGCUACUGGCAGUGACACCACCACCGUUUCUUCUCUUUUGCCGCACACCAGCGACGGUGGAAUUGCAACUUACAGCUCCACCAAACGCACGCCAUCGCCGGCCGUCAGGGGUGAUGUAUCACCAGAUGCCACCACCACCACUUCCUCACUUUCGACGGGCACCAGCGACGGUUCAACUGCUACUGACACCACCACCCCCUCUCCUUCGACCGGCACCAGCGAUAAUGCAACUGACACUGACACCACCACCACCCCCUCACUUUCGACUGGCACUAGUGACGGUUCAACUGCCACUGACACCACCACCCCCUCUCCUUCGACCGGCACCAGCGAUAAUGCAACUGCCACUGACACCACCACCACCUCACUUUCGACUGGCACUAGUGACGGUUCAACUGCCACUGACACCACCACCCCCUCACUUUCGACUGGCACUAGUGACGGUUCAACUGCCACUGACACCACCAAGCCAUCACUUUCGACUGGCACUAGUGACGGUUCAACUGCCACUGACACCACCAAGCCAUCACUUUCGACUGGCACUAGUGACGGUUCAACUGCCACUGACACCACCAAGCCAUCACUUUCGACUGGCACUAGUGACGGUUCAACUGCCACUGACACCACCACCCCCUCUCCUUCGACCGGCACCAGCGAUAAUGCAACUGCCACUGACACCACCACCACCUCACUUUCGACUGGCACUAGUGACGGUUCAACUGCCACUGACACCACCACCCCUCACUUUCGACUGGCACUAGUGACGGUUCAACUGCCACUGACACCACCAAGCCAUCACUUUCGACUGGCACUAGUGACGGUUCAACUGCCACUGACACCACCAAGCCAUCACUUUCGACUGGCACUAGUGACGGUUCAACUGCCACUGACACCACCAAGCCAUCACUUUCGACUGGCACUAGUGACGGUUCAACUGACACUGACACCACCACCCCAUCACUUUCGACUGGCACUAGUGACGGUUCAACUGACACUGACACCACCACCCCAUCACUUUCGACUGGCACUAGUGACGGUUCAACUGCCACUGACACCACCACCCCAUCACUUUCGACUGGCACUAGUGACGGUUCAACUGCCACUGACACCACCACCCCAUCACUUUCGACUGGCACUAGUGACGGUUCAACUGCCACUGACACCACCAAGCCAUCACUUUCGACUGGCACUAGUGACGGUUCAACUGCCACUGACACCACCACCCCAUCACUUUCGACUGGCACUAGUGACGGUUCAACUGCCACUGACACCACCCCCUCACUUUCGACUGGCACUAGUGACGGUUCAACUGCCACUGACACCACCACCAUUUCCUUGA